CCCGAUCCAGUCUCCUAGAGGAAUCAUGUCUCCUGAAGUUUUGGGUGCCACCUGUUGUGCCAGGCGUACGCCGCUGCACAAGAGGAGAUGCCAUUUGAAUUCUCAGUGAAUGUUCGAAGGAGGAAUGUCCGAACUGCCGGCUGAAAGCUAUGCAAACAAAAUAAAUACAUAGGCUGGGGAUCCUGAAUCACCUCGUGAGAAUUGCUGCUCUUUGUUUCCUAUCUUAUCUCAUGAAGAGUUUUUAAGUUUAGCUAUCUCAGUUGGAAGUCCCUCCCAGAAUAUUUGCUAAGGCCAAAAGUAACCGUUUCCAGCUUAUUAACACAGCCCAGGAUGGACUUUUUGUUUCUCUUCUUGUUCUACCUGGCUUUGUUGGUAAUUGGUGUUAUUACAGUUUGCAUCUGCUCGAAAAUCCAUUGCUUGAAAGGCCUGGUCAGAGGAGGAGCACAGAUAUUUUCCUAUCUAAUUCCAGAAUGCGUUCAGAGAGCCUUGCUGCGAUUGCUUCAUUACCUCUUCCAUACACGAAACCACACCUUUGUUAUCCUGCAUCUCGUCUUGCAAGGAAUGGUUUAUACUGAAUACACCUGGGAAAUAUUCGGCCUCUGUCAAGAGCUGGAGUUCUCCUUGUACUACCUUUUUCUGCCUUACCUGCUGCUGAUUAUCAACCUGGUUUUUUUUGCCCUAACUUGCGUAACAGACCCUGGUGCAAUAACAAAAGAAAAUGAAUCGGUGUUUCUUCGGGUUUACGAAUUUGAUGAAGUGAUGUUCCCGAAGAACGUGAGCUGCUCUACUUGCGAUUUGAGGAAACCAGCACGAUCCAAGCACUGCAGUGUGUGUAACCGGUGCGUGCACCGUUUUGACCACCACUGUGUGUGGGUGAACAAUUGCAUCGGAGCCUGGAACACCAGGUACUUCCUCUUCUACCUCUUGACAUUGACGGCCUCGGCUGCCACCAUGGCCGUGGUGAGCACCGUGUUUCUGGUCCGGUUGGUGAUGGGGUCAGACUUGUACCUGGAGACUUACAUUGAUGACCUUGGACGCUCGCAGGUUGUCGACACUGUCUUUCUCAUUCAGUACCUGUUCCUGACCUUCCCGAGGAUCGUCUUCCUUCUGGGCUUUGUCAUGGUGCUGAGCUUCCUCCUGGGGGGCUACCUGUGCUUUGCUCUCUACCUGGCUGCCACCAACCAGACCACGAACGAGUGGUACCGAGGCGACCGGGCCUGGUGCCAGCAUUGCCCCCACAUGGCCCGGCCCCCAUCAGCAGAGCCCCGGGUUUACCGGAACACGUACUGCCGUGGGCUUUGGAGCAACCUUCAGGAGAUCUUUCUACCUGCUGCUGCACAUUAUGAAAGGAAGAAGAAAUAAGAAUGGGAAGAGUGGAGUUCCCUUCGUGGCUCAGUGGUUAACGAACCCAACUAAUAUCCCUGAGCUCGUGGGUUCGGUCCCUGGCCUCGCUCAGUGGGUUAAGGAUCCGGCGUUGCCGUGAGCUGUGGUGUAGGUUGAAGACACGGCUCAGACCUGGCGUUGCUGUGACUGUGGUGUAGGCCGGUGGCUACAGCUCCGAUUGGACCCCUAGCCUGCGAACUUCCAUAUGCCACAGGUGCGGCCCUGAAAAGUGGAAAAAAAAGGGGGGUGGGUGGGAGAGUGUUACUGCCUUUUAAAUAUAGUCUACAUUAUUUAUACAUA